AAGAGAUGAUCAAUCAUUCCAGCCAGCACUUGUCAUAUCGAUCAACAGAAUGGAAAUACAUCGCAAUAAUCCAAUGUAUCCUACAGAGCUUACCAAGCUAAUCAUUGCAAAUGCUGAAUUUCCUGCCAGUAAAAGCAUGCUUCAUCAUGCAUUCAACAACACUGUUAUUCAGGUCUUUAACAUAGAGAUGUACAUUUCUCACACUAUCCCUGAAUCAGCCCUCAUCAAUAUCAUGCCAUCAGUCAGUGCAAUCCUGUCAGUCAAAGACUGCAUUCUACCAGAUACAUGGAAAAAUGAGACUCUAAAAAGAACAGAGGUUCACCUUGAAGUUCCUUCCAUUUCCCUCUCCCUGACUAAAGCACAGUUCCUGCUGUUGUCACACCUGUUUGCCUCAUGGUCUACAAUGUGGAUGCAGAACAAGAUACUUCCAGUCCUACCCACAACUGUAAUUGCAUCCACAUUGGAUUUUCACAGUAAUAAUAGCCAAUCGGAAUUAGAACUGGACAUGUCAAAUAUUGACAUACAAUGCUGUAACACAUCUGUUGUUAUGACAACAACUAGUUCUGUUGGAACAAUAAGUGCCACCAUCAAAUCAAAAGGAGCAACAAGGUUACCUGAUAGUGAAGAGAAGCGAACAGCAGUAACACAAAUAAUUAAGGGUCCUUGUGACACUAAGGAAAUCUACAAAGGCACUUUAUUUAACAAUUCAACAUACCACGAAGACGAAGUAGAGAAUGUUGGACCAGUUAUUAGCCUUACAUUACAAUUACCACGAUACAUGGAGAAAAAAGAUAUCAAAAGUUUCCAAGGAUAUCUACAUAACACAGAAGCAUCCAAUGUUGUAUUAUUACAAGCUAAGGGAAUAUCGGUGUGUUGUGACCCUCUGCUUUAUUCAUGGCUUGCUUACCAACCCUCUGCCUCCUCAUCAUCCGGUAUGAGGAAAGUUGAGAAAGAUCGAAGAAUAAGACMAGCAUCUUUGGUCCGCACCCCAUCCAUUGGGACACCUAGAAAAAAGAGCUAUGCUAGAGGUUCAAUUUCAUCUCCCUCAAAAGGCAAAGUCCCACAAGAAAGGUCAACCGAGAGCAAACUGGAAAAUACUGAUGGUCUUACAUUUGAGGCAUGGCUGUUUGAGAAGUUACCUCUUAUUACUUCAUUUGCUGUUCAGGUUGAUAUACAGAGCACUUUAAUCUUUGUACCAGAGAGUCCCAUUUCUCAAGCUCCACAUGUUUCAAGUAUAGCCCAAAACUUUGCCUAUCAGAGCUGGAAGGGCAAGUCAGCAUUUCCAUCAACUUUAGUUGUCUGUCUUCCUUCUCUGGAAAUAUUCAGCGCUAGUCACAUCAAAGUCUCAUUCAGACCAUCUCUGCCAGUUCACCUUUGUAAACAGACAGCAAAAGAUUCUAUAAAGCAUGACACUCUACCAUGGACAAUGAGUGCCAAGAACCUAGCUGUUUAUUCUGUUCAUCUUCAAUCAAACCAUUUUGACAAGACUGCAUCUCCUGUAUGCUACUAUAUUGUUUCUCCUCUUUCGUGUACCGCUGUUCUUGCUUCAGCGAAGACCUCAACUCCAUCUUCCCCAACAAAUCUUUCGCUACUUCUGCGUUCAGGAUCUCGUGCCCACGAGGGAACCUCAAGGAGGGAAAGCCAAAAGUCACCAAUGCUUGGAUUUUGUAUUCAUGCAGAUUUUGAACCACUUAUAGUUAGUACCUCUCGUAAACAGAUAAAACUGCUGGCAAACCUCUUGGAGUCAUUUUUCCUUGCUGUAGUGUCACCUUCAUCACGUUCCAUUGAAUUCUGUCCACCAAUACCUGACUCAACCUCACAACGAAGAAUGUCAGUAACUUCAUCUUCAUCAACAGUUGAACAUAUUGAAAAGGAAAGUGUUUUAUCACCCAGCGAAUCAUCCUUUUCCUUCACACAAAUACACCAGUCACUGCAGGAUGUCAAAGUUAGUUUGUGGCUCCAGUGGACACUCCCUCGCUUUAUUGUUAAACUAUAUAACAACAUGCCAAGUGGCAGCAUACCUGUCUGUGUUACAAUGGAUCUAGAAGACUUGACAGCCUUUAUCGACUACCAAGAGACGCACCUACAAAUGCAAUAUAAAGUGGGUGCAUUUAACAUUACUCAUACAAUGAAAAGGGAUUCUACGUGGCUUCCAGGCCCCUUUGGAGGUAUCCUGUUAUCUUGCAAAGACAUCUUAACCUAUAAGAAUCCACCGCUUGUCACAUCUCAGAGAAUACCAAGCACUGCUAACCAGCACGAAGGUCCGGCUAGUGGUCCACAUGGUUUCUUUAACAUUACCUAUAAUCGCUCCAGUCUUCAUUUAAAACGGAAGCAUUCGUAUUCCCAGAAGAGUGGAAAGGAACCGAGUAUUGAGGAAUGCUUAAAAAUUCAACACGAAGUUUGUCUUAGUGUCCAACCUUUCGAUGUCGUAUUGUGGAGUCCAAUAAUCGUGGCAGGUAUUGACGUUUUUGAUGCAAGUCUACUUUGUAAAUUCAAGUUUCCUUCACGUGAGAAUUCAAAACCUUUUUUCGACGUCGAUAAAGAAGCAAAAGAUGGAAACGACAAUGUAACUUUGUCUGUUUGCCUUCUUCCAUUGCUGUUCAUGAAUAUGAGAGACAUUAGACUAUUCCUUCCCUGCUCGGAAAUAACUCAAAUUGCCUCUUCUUCUGAGUCACUACACGAGGAUUUGGUUAUUGUCCACUUGUCAGCGGUUACUGCUACUCCGCAUCCAGAAAACCCCAUUGGUCGCACGGUUUUGAACGAAGAUUUAUACGAAAAGUUCAAGAAGUUUGGACGUAGCUCUAGGCAYGCUUUGGGAUAUGAAGUGCAUGAGAUACAGUAUCAAAUGGUUUUCUCAGGGUUUGGUGUUUGGACAACUAAGUGGAAAGAGUUAUGCGGUAAUUUGAACAAACAAGGGGAUGUUGGAAGCAGUCCCUUGAUGGAUCAAAAUCCUGCUUUAGAGUGGAAUACGCAACUUUGGCGAUCAGCUAAAGAAGUGCAUGUAUCUCCUGUCCUUACGGGAUCUGACUUCAAAAUUGUAAUAGCUCCGGCAACUACCAUGGAAAGAACAGUCGCUGAUGCUAGAAACACAUCCAAAUCCUUUACAGAUAGCAUCCCUGUGUGCGGGUGCUCAAUGGAGUUGAACUUGGUUACAAAUGUGGAUAUUUUUCUUAGCAAGUGCCAGAUGCAGCUGUUAAGAACACUUACGUUAGAGAAUGUUGACGCUUUUUACUCCUGCGAAUUGAUGUCUUCGCUAAGCCAAGGCAUCCUUGGAAAUGCUGACUUCAAGAUAGCGUCACAAGAUGGCGAUCACAUUGACAGUGGACUUGGUAGUACUCACACGGAUCCAGUCAAGCCAUCUCAAAAAGCAAUACCGUUUGAAGCAUUCUUAGCAGCCAGAAACAUAACCAUAAGCAUGUAUCUCCAGCGUGCUUUGAAAUGUCGAAGAAAUCAGCAUGGAUUAACGGUGCCUGCUAAAGAAGAAUCGCCUGUUUAUGCCUUAUCGACGAAACCUGUUUUGCAAAUAGGGUUUCUACAACCGUCGGUAACUUAUAAAGAUCAUGCCCUAGGACCGCAUUUGAAAUUGUGGUGUUUUGACAUGAGUGUUUUAGGAUCCCUUGCCCAAGUACAACACCAAGGUUGGCUGCCGAAAUCUCUUCCAGAAUUUUCAGACUACAGCAUAGAUUGUUUUUCUACAGGAUCAGGUUUACCCGACCCCCAUACCGGAAUUAUGCCGCCACUUCUCACAGUGGAUGCUAGGAAUCUUACAAACGGAGCAAUGAAUGCAUCUCUUGAUCUUGGGCGCCCCAUACAUUUGUCUUUCAACCCGGACAUGGUUUUGGAGAUCACUCGGUUUUUUGAUGACUUCAUUGUGCACCAGUCAGUCAGUUCCGCUCCAACGCCUCCACACAARUCUCCGCAAGAAGCAUCGACUGAAAAUUAUUCUGCUUUGAAGUUUUGUAACUUGACGACACAUGACAUAUCCCUAGAGUUAUCUUUGACUACGCGGGAUGACUGUCCUAAAGUAUUACUUGGAAUGACGGGAGGCAGAGGCAGUAUAAGGAUAAAGUGUGACGAACAAGGAAUCUUUCAACGUUUGGAUGGCAAUGUAGAGACUGAAGGAAUGGAAAUGUCUUUCUUGGCAUACGCCCAGUCGUUUUACCUUGUCAGGCCAUUCAUACUCAAAUGUGAAUUUGAGAUUAUCAGCUCACCCCAUAGCUUGACUCCAAUUAUACCGAGUUUGCCGCAGAUAUGCAGCCGCGUUAGCAUUGGUCUUCUWCGGUUGGAAUUUGGACAGCAGCACAUGAACUGUAUUGCAGCUUUAUCCAAAGCACUUCAGGAAUUUUCCUCCGYUCAUUCGUCAAGUGCUAAUACAGAAGAAAUGCAAGUCGUAAUGACAAAUAAACAAAUUGAUAUUAAGAACGACAACGAUAAAGUGGUUGGUUUGACAUCUGUUAGAGCAGAAGCGGAUUUGGGUCUUGAUGAACAAGAUGUCGACAACACGUACGGUAAAAAUGAUGUCAAGGAACAGGAUUUGGAUGGUGUUAAACAAACUUUUGAUGAUCUCAGGGCCGGCCCUUUUAAAUACGUAAUGGUCUCGGGUGAAGUAGGUUUACACCAUCCUGAGUCGUACGAAAUCUUGUUCACAACAGACACGCGUGAACGACCUCCAACAAUGGUAUGGCGUUACCCAGAACCACGUGCUUUGUCAUCCGUAGAAGUUCUUCCUCUUCCAUUCACCUCCCCUGUUCUUGUCAACACUCUUAACAUGGGCGAUGAAUUACGAGUACCAUGUGUGCUAAGCUACUGGGACACCCUUCAAAAAUGCUACAUUGUUUAUAAGGRAUUUUAUAUUUCCGAGACAUCAUCGUGUAAGAUCUCGCUACCAGAUCCCUUGCGUUCAGACCCGGCUACUGUGAUCGUGGCCAAAGAGUGGCAAAUGAUUGUAGAUGCAAGUUUUGAAAUAGAUUACUCCGAAGACCAGAGUUUGGUUGAUGAAGACAGUGGUUCGUCGUACAGUAGUCCUUAUCGGUCUCUGAUCAGUGCAACAUCUCUUGCUGCUUCAGUAAAAGUUGAUUCUGUCUUCUCUCCAUCACUCAUUCCURCUGUUUUGGCUCAAGUAUCGAUCAGCAUGUUCCAAAUCAAACUGCUUCAUCAUAACCAGUAUUCACAUCAAGUUCUUCCCAAGCAUCUUGCUGGUUACACCAUAGAUUCGUCAGUUCCCACAGAACAAGAGUUUUGUACCUURACUAUCGAAGGUUUGAGUGGUGUUACCAAGCACUUAGGAGGCGGGAAUGCGGUAACAUUGUGCAGUUAUGAAUGGAACUGUCAUUUUGAGCUGUUGGACUUUGGUGAUCUGACAUACAGAACAUUGGUUUCUCCUUUUAGUAUAAGCGUAACUACUGCCUUUCACRAAAAAGGGAGAGAAGCAAUAAAAACAGCUGAUCAGCGGUCGGUAUGUCUAGAAGCAGGCGUUGAUAUUGGUAAUAUUGAAGSCGUCGUGACUCAGAGCACAGUUCACACUUUAGCGUUAGCUGUCGAUUCUUGGACAAGGGAUGAUAAAAGAAAAAAUGAGACUACUCUGUUGUGCCACUAUAUCAUUUGUAAUGAUACUAAUGAGGCUAUUAGACUGGGACAGGUUGAUACGGAUGAGUCUAUCCUUUUAUCCAGUAAGCACCUCUUACCAUACAGCUGGCGGGUCGCUCAAUCUCUGAAAGCGGAACCCAGUCUUCAUGUCUGUUUUGAAAGAGAGGGUGACUGGCGCUGGUCUGAGCCUUUUGAUGUUGACAGUGUUGGCAUAAGCUCACGUACCAUUCAUCACAAGYUACACAGCGCUACACUCUUAAUUGACGUAAGAUCACUGUCCGGGGUGCAAAAGCAGGUAAUUUUCCGUGGUGGUCUUCAAAUUGAAAGUCGUCUAAGCACUGGUGUUGAUUUACAGAUUCUUAAAAGCCCCGAUCUUGGGUCUCCUCACAAGGAAAAAGCAUCCUUUCAGAUCCAUGAAGACAUUUCGUUGGCACCAGUCACAACCCUUCCAUCGUACAUCGUCUCCCAUGCCGGCCUUUUAGGCAUGCGUAUUAGAAUCCCUAACACGACAACGUGGAGUGAGGCACUUCCUUUGGAUAACGUAGGAGGUGAUGCUAAGGCUCAACACUUAAUURUAAAGCUUCUUGGAGUAAAAACUUUCCAGACGUUCUAUUUAUGGUACAGCCUAGAAAAGACGAUGUUUGAACAAAUACAGAUAUCUCUGUCACCUUUAUUUAUCAUGCGUAGUCACUUACCCGAUCCGAUUCUACUGAACAUCUUCUCAUCCAAAACAAAUAGCGAAGCAUCACUGGAGAUGAUUGGUAGAGGUCAUGAAGAGCAGUUACUACACCUACCACCAAAUACUUGGCAUCAUUUGACAUUCCAGUUUGAUAAAUGUAGCAAAAUGUCUGAUCCUUCGGUACCGCUUAAUUCAACUCUUAUUGAUCUAGCUAACAAAGUCAAUCCAAACAUGUGUGACAAGGUUGAUAUACCGUUGAACACCUUAUGGCCAUACUGUGGUACCAUACUAAAAGAAAAGGAUGAAAUUUCUUCCGUAUCAGCUGCUCACUCACCUUUUGUACGCUACGUUGUCUCUCGUGGAAACGACAAGGAUGCCAACAGUUAUCAAAAAAGGGCAGAAAUAAGCCCUAAAGUGAGUCCAUUUCCGGAUGUUGAGCUUCAAUGCCGUGUGAUCAAGAAAUGGCACCAUCUAAAUACUCUGUUGGUAGACGUUACUCCUUGGUGUCUUUUAAUCAACAAAACAGUGUCUACAAUCUUUAUCAAAGACUUUGAGGACAAAGGAGAAAUCCAGAUGCCUUCAGGUCAAACUAUUGCCCCAUUUAAAUUUAAGGGCAAAAUACAGUUCGGUAUUUUAGUGACAGGAUCUUCAACGAUAAGUUGGUCGAAACCCUUGUCAUUGCCUAUUUCAAACGACGAGAUGAAGGAUUUGUCAGCUAAGGAGCCAAAUACACCAGAUGAGUCAAAUCACGCGACAAUCAAUAUCGCUCAUAUUUCUACCUCUUCUCGCCCAGUGGCAGUCGUAUGGACAAUGACAUCCCAAACUCGUCAUGGCGUUCGAGUUAUUUCUGUUCAAGAAAAGUUUGGUUUCGUCAAUUCUACUGGGAAGCCUCUUCUCGUAUUACCUGUACUGGCGGCCAAAGUAAAAAAGAUUCCAAGUGACGUUUUGGACAUUGAGAGAGCCAUUCAACUACCUAUAGAUAGCAAAAUCAAGCUUCCAGUUGCGUAUUGGGACAUCGCUUUGACGUCAUCUGUCGUAAUAGACAAGGAGGAAGUUGCCUCAGUUGAUGAUACAUUUCCUGUUGCAUUCUUUGCACUUGGAGAGCAGAAAUUCCAAAGUAAUAUAGAAAAUCAAGAUGACAACUCAAUAAAACUUCACACAGAAUCGUUAUCAAGUCAGUGGUCACAAGUUUUCUUAAUGAACUCUGAUCUUCCCCGAUCUGCAAUAGCUAUCCCAGUACGUGAUAGUAGAACGACUAUUCCACUAGUGAUGACACCCAAUAUCGUAUCUGGUAUUACAAACAUUGUAGUGGCAAAUGAUUCCUCCCCUCGCCUUAUCUUUUAUAAUGAUUGCCCAUUCACGCUCCAGUUUGGUCAGGCUACACCACCUCAAAGCCCAUCAUAUCAAAAAGGUUCACUCGAUAAGGUCAUUGUUGUAGAACAGUUAGAGCCGUUUUAUGAAGUUCCCAAGAUACCAGCCUUAGGAAUGACUCAUUACGAGCUUACAAUCAUGAGAGAAUGGUUCAAGACAUCCAGUGAAUUUCAGGAAAUUCCGAAUAUUCACAUUCAGGCACUGUAUGAUGUAACUGUUGCCGAAAUCUCUGAAGGUGCUGAGGGCAGAAUUAGUCAUGGGCAGACAACAGAGGUCCCGCAGGGUUGGAGUCAUGGAUUUGACAUUAACUCUAAAGGACACUUCGUUGUAAACUUACCAGGAAGGGGAAGAGUUAUCGUAUUUGUCUCCAAGUCCAGGCUUUGUACUGCUGUUCGCAUUCAGAUUUAUGAUAAGGACGCUGUCGCUAUGGAGUUACCUUCAAAUGAAGUUUUGUCUCCGUCUUUUGAUGUUGCAAUGAAAAUUUCCAAGCUAGAAAUUUCUCUUAUAGAUGCUCGCAAUCAAAGAAAACCUUCAGAGGUUUUGCGUACAGCAAUACUAGGGAUUAAUUUGUGCAACUCGCCUUUGAUAGAGCAUUCGGAUGGAAAUUCAGUUUUUUCUGAACUAAGUCUAACGUUGAACUCUUUUCAACUUGACAAUCAGCUUGAGGGAGAAUUGUUUCAGUUUCCUGUCGUAAUCUUGGCGAAUGAAAGUUUUCCAAAACUCAGCAACGCUUCUAGUCAAAGAAAACCUCGUGUUGGGACGUGCCUGAAGCCCUUCUUGUCUAUAAAGAUCAAGUAUGAACCUAACAUGGAAAAAACAUUUCUCCAUUCGGUUUUGGUGUCUUGUGAGCCAAUMACUGUGUUUUUAGAAGACACCCUUAUCUAUCGAAUGGCCCUGUUAGCAGAGUCAUUCCUUCCUCCAGCACAGGAAUAUGACCUCUUGGCUGAUAGUUCCUUCCUUGAAACAACCUUACUUCUUAACGAAUGUUCCUCAAUUCUCAACCCUCUUGUUAUAGGAAAGUUUGACAUUGAGCCAGUAACUAUCCAUCUUACUCUUCACGCGUCCGUUAAACUCUUCAUAGGAAUGGAUGACACAUCAUUAAGCCUUGGUCAUUUCCAUAUGUCUCCCGUUUACGCACCAACCUCGGCAUUUGCUCAGAAAGUUCUUUUUCAUUACAUGUCGUCUGUCAUGUUCAAGAUAGGAUGGGUGGUAGGAUCACUGGAACUACUUGGCAACCCUGCUGGAUUGAUCCGUAAUUUCAGCCAAGGACUUUCUGAUUUCUUCUUUUUACCUUAUGAUGGUUUGACUCGGGGUCCUGGUGCAUUUGUUUCAGGGAUGUCUCAAGGAGUAUCUUCUUUAGUACGGCACGUUUCAGCUGGUGCUCUGACCUCCGUGACUAAUUUGGCUUCCGGUAUUUCCAGAAAUCUGGACAGAAUGUGCAUGGAUGAGGAUCACUUAAGACUACUAGAGGAACAACGGUGUCGAAGACCAACACGUUUGAUGGCAGGUGUUACGCAAGGGCUCAGUGGUUUUGGACUUAGCCUUCUAGGUGCGGUAGCAGGAGUAGUUGAUCAGCCAAUCCAGGGUAUACAACGAGCCAAUGAUGUUAAAGAAGCAGCAUACGGGGCUCUCACAGGAGUAGGCAGAGGCCUCUUAGGUGUAGUAACCAAACCUAUUGGAGGCGCCAUGGAGCUUGUUUCUCAAACCGGACAGGGAAUUUUAUUGGAAGCUGGUUUAAGUCAUCUUCCAUCCCGACUUCACACCGUGGAGGAUGGCCUGGUAAUUGAAUCCAGGAACAGCCUCUUGAAAUAUUCAUGGAAAGUGCUGCAACUGAAAACAAAUGCAAACAUUUUGUGUGUAGACGUUACUGUGGUUAAUACUGUUGGACACGACUACAGUGGUGCGUUACUUCUAACCAACAAUAUGAUAUAUAUCACCGAUACAGACACAGAUGCUAUCCAACAAAGUUUUCAUUUACGCAACACAGUUUUACAAAAAGAUGAAYGUGACAAUAGAACCAUCAUAGUUACAUCUGUGCUACAGGCGAACAGCUUUGACGACUAUGCAAGUGACAAUCCUGAGCCGACAGGAGACCCUGAACGAAUGGAGCAGUUUCUACGCGAUGCUCAAAUGUUUGCUCAAGUCUCACAAGCUGAUAGCUCUACAGAUCACAGUGCUGAAUCAAUUAUCACCAGUAACUUAAAAUUAAUAAUUGACCCUAUAUUGAGAGACUCUGUUAUUUCUAGAUUCACGACUGCUAAAUACAAAGUCAUGGUUUGACCACAACCGCUCCUGAUGGAUAUGUUGCUCAAAAUUUUCUGAGAGUUAAGAACUUUUGAAUAGCAUAUAUCGGAGUUACACUCUAUUGCCUCCAGACAAUUGUUACAUUUGGGUCAGUUUCUAUACAUUUCAUUGUAUUGACCCAAAUGCCUCGACUUGAAACAAUUGUUUGAAGGCAGUGGAUGCCUACUAUAGGUAAAUCCAUGAAAAYAUUUCUUAAUCACCAUUUUGAACCCCCGCUUUGUCUAAACGAGUGCAAAAAUGUAGACUUGCCUUUUUUUCUGAUUUAAGCCCAUGUCAUUUUUCAUCAGAAAAAUUCUGUUAACAUUUGGUCAGCUACGAUUUCAAGCUCACGCCCCCUCAUAUGAGCCCAUAUAUUGGCUAAUGGCAAUAGUAAAUUCCUAAGUGUGAUAUCUUAUUAAAGAAUAAUACGAGUGAAAAUCAUAGAACUAAACAUAGCUUAAACUAAAGAUAAUAUGUGAAUAUAUGGUAAAUGUAUAGAAAGGUGUACGAGGGAUAUUUAUAUCAUAAGAUUUAAAAGAAUAKUGCUAAAAUAACUAAGCCAAGGGGUAAAGAGUAUUUAGGGUGUAAUCAGAGGUGUACAUGCUAAUGGAAGGAGCUAAAUGGUUUACUUGUAAAUUCAAAGCAUACCGUCAUCUAAACUUGUGCGUGAUGGUAGCCUUACUGAAAUCUUAUAUCGAUAUUUUCAAUAACUAAUUGAUCGUUCUUUAUCUUGUUUUCAUACGAUAAGAAAUA